CAGUCUAUUUUUUGUUUGCCACUUUUAGCCGAUGAUAACAAAAGUCUGAUAUCAAUUAUUUAUAAUUUUUAUUUCACCUUUGUGCAACUGGAGGUUAGAACUUUUUAUUUUAUUUCUGCUUCGUUUACUUAUUUGUAUACAAAAAAUGAACUUUGCUGGAAAAGUUGUUCUCAUAACCGGAGCAAGCUCUGGCAUUGGAGCUGCAGCUGCUGAAACAUUUGCAAAACUUGGCGCAAGCUUAGUACUAACUGGUCGGAAUAUUAACAAUUUAAAAGAAGUUGCUACAAAGUGUUCCGCUGAUAAUCAACCACUUCUUGUGCCAGGCGAUGUCACCAAAGAGGCUGACAAUGAGAAGCUAGUUGCAGCUACUCUAGAAAAGUAUGGUAAACUAGAUGUCUUGGUUAAUAAUGCUGGCAUUAUUGAGACUGGCACAAUUGAGAAUACUAGCAUGGAACAAUACGAUCGCAUUAUGAACACAAACAUAAGAUCAAUAUACCAUUUGACUAUGUUGGCUGUUCCACAUUUGGUAAAAACCAAGGGAAACAUUGUCAAUGUUUCCAGUGUAAAUGGUAUUCGUUCGUUUCCCGGUGUUUUAGCUUAUAAUAUAUCAAAAGUAGGAGUUGAUCAAUUUACUAGAUGUGUUGCUUUGGAACUGGCGCCGAAGGGUGUUCGUUGUAAUUGCGUUAAUCCUGGAGUGACUGUGACUAAUUUGCACAAGCGUGGCGGAAUGGACCAGGAAACUUAUGAGAAGUUUUUAAAGCACUCACAGACUACCCAUGCUCUUGGGCGACCAGGUACAGCUGAUGAAGUUGCUCAAGCUAUUGCUUUCUUGGCCAGUGAUUUGGCUAGCUUUUCCACUGGAAUAAGUUUGCCUGUAGAUGGAGGUCGUCAUGCUAUGUGUCCACGUUAAGAGUUAGUACUGAAUGUUUUCGCAAUAUACAUAACAUGCAUUUAGACUUAUUUUAUGAUCAAUAAAUAAAUUCGGUUUUUAUUUUGGUAAA